AAGAAUCCACACAUUCAUGUUCAUUUUUUCAUUGGCGCUCCACUUCAAUACUUUGUCUCCCUUGGAAGCUCAAGAAAACAAAAUCAUUUUAGCUGUUCAUUUAGAUUUCUAUUAUUCAAGUUCCAAAACCCAGAAAGAGGAAUAGAGGAACAAAAUCUGGGGUUUGGUUUGUUUUAGUUGCUGUUUAAGUAUACUGAUCCACCAUCAAUGGAGAGUUCUGAUAUUUACAAAGCUAGUAGUAGUUUAAGAGAUAGUUUAAGAGCAGGUUCGUUUGUAUGGAGAAACAGUACUGUAGAAGCAUUUUCAAGAUCUUCACGAGAAGAAGAUGAUGAAGAGGCUCUAAAAUGGGCUGCGCUGGAGAAACUACCUACUUAUGAUCGUUUAAGGAAAGGUAUAUUGAUGAGUGCAUCGAGAGGUGUGAGUAGUGAGGUAGAUAUCGAAAAACUCGGAGUCCAAGAGAGAAAACAGUUGCUGGAAAGGUUGGUCAAAGCUGCAGACGAGGAUAAUGAGAAGUUCUUGUGGAAACUCAAGAAUCGUAUUGAAAGGGUUGGAAUUGAGUUUCCAACAAUUGAAGUGCGGUACGAGCAUCUAAAUAUUGGAGCUGAAGCUUAUGUAGGAAGUGGUGCUUUGCCUUCAUUUGCUAAGUUCACUUUUAGUAUAAUAGAGGGUCUACUCAUUGCUCUUCGUAUACUUCCAAGUAGAAAGAAACCACUCACCAUCCUUAAGGAUGUUAGUGGAAUCAUCAAGCCAUCAAGAUUGACUCUGCUCUUGGGUCCUCCAAGUUCUGGGAAGACCACUCUUCUGUUGGCAUUGGCUGGAAAGCUUGAUCCCAGUCUUAAGUAUUCUGGUCGCGUGACAUACAAUGGUCAUGGGAUGAACGAGUUCGUACCACAAAGAACGGCUUCCUAUACCAGUCAACAAGAUCUCCAUAUAGGAGAAAUGACCGUGAGGGAAACUUUGGCCUUCUCUGCCAGAUGCCAAGGGGUUGGAAACCUUCACGAUAUGUUGGCAGAGUUGUCGAGAAGAGAGAAAGAAGCCAACAUUAAGCCUGAUCCAGAUAUUGAUGUCUUCUUGAAGGCAGUAGCAACACAGGGUCAAGAGGCCAAUGUCAUCACCGAUUACGUCUUAAAGAUAUUAGGAUUGGAGGUCUGCGCAGAUACUCUGGUAGGUGAUGAAAUGAUAAGGGGUAUCUCUGGAGGACAAAGGAAGCGUGUUACAACUGGUGAAAUGCUGGUCGGACCAUCAAGGGCAUUGUUUAUGGAUGAGAUUUCUACAGGCCUGGACAGCUCAACAACUCACCAAAUUGUGAACUCAUUAAAGCAAACUAUUCACAUUCUCAAUUACACUGCCGUCAUCUCGCUUCUCCAGCCAGCACCGGAGACUUAUGACCUCUUCGAUGACAUUAUUCUCCUGUCAGAUGGCCAAAUUGUGUACCAGGGUCCUCGUGAAAAUGUGCUUGGAUUUUUUGAACAUUUGGGCUUCCAGUGCCCUGAAAGAAAAGGCGUGGCAGAUUUUCUGCAAGAAGUGACGUCUAGGAAAGAUCAAGAGAAGUAUUGGGCACGUAAAGAUCAGCCUUACAGGUUUGUCACAGUCAACGAAUUUGCUGAGGCAUUUCAAUCACUCAGCGUGGGACGAAGGGUCAUAGAGGAGCUUUCAAUCCCAUUUGACAAGACCAAGAACCAUCCAGCGGCAUUAGUAAACAAAAAGUAUGGAGCUGGAAAGAUGGAUCUGCUUAAAGCUAACUUCUCGAGAGAAUUCUUGCUCAUGAAGAGGAACUCAUUUGUCUACAUCUUCAAGAUAUUCCAACUUACAAUGAUGGCAAUUAUUUCAAUGACACUCUUCUUCCGGACCAAGAUGCCUCGAGAUACAGUCGCGGAUGGUGGAAUUUAUACUGGUGCUUUGUUCUUCACUGCGAUCAUGAUCAUGUUUAAUGGUAUGGCUGAGCUAUCUAUGACCAUCGCAAAGCUUCCUGUGUUCUACAAGCAAAGGGAACUCCUAUUCUUUCCUCCAUGGACAUAUUCAAUUCCGCCUUGGAUCCUGAAAAUUCCCAUUACAUUUGUUGAAGUUGCUGCAUGGGUGUUCCUAACUUAUUAUGUAAUCGGAUUUGAUCCAAACAUUGGAAGGUUUUUUAAGCUGUACGCGGUGCUUGUGCUAAUUAACCAGAUGGCAUCUGCACUAUUUCGAUUUAUUGCUGCAGCUGGAAGGAACAUGAUUGUUGCCAACACAUUCGGGUCAUUUGUGCUCCUCGCAGUUUUUGCGUUGGGUGGCGUCAUCUUGUCAAGAGAGCAAAUAAAGAAAUGGUGGAUAUGGGGUUACUGGGCUUCACCAUUGAUGUACGGGCAGAACGCAAUAGUAGUGAAUGAGUUCCUUGGAAAUAGUUGGAGUCAUAUUCCUGCAGGCUCCACAGAAUCACUAGGAAUCCAAGUUUUGAAGAGUCGCGAAUUCUUCACAGAAGCGUAUUGGUACUGGAUAGGAAUCGGGGCAACAGCAGGAUUCAUACUACUAUUCAAUGUCUGCUUUGUUGUGGCCCUCACUGUCCUCGAUGCAUAUGAGAAGCCUCAGGCUGUUAUAUCUGAAGAACCGGAAAGUGGUGAUUCUAAAGGAGCUGUUCAGUUAUCAAACCGUGGAAUCAGUCACCAAACCAAAACAGCGAGUGGAGUUGAAAUUAACAGAAGUGGUUCAGAUUCCAUUGGUGAGGCCAGCAACAACAGGAAGAAAGGAAUGGUUCUUCCAUUUGAACCACAUUCCAUCACAUUUGAUAACGUUAUUUACUCCGUUGACAUGCCACAGGAAAUGAAAGUUCAAGGAGUCGCUGAGGAUAGGCUGGCGCUUUUGAAGGGUGUGAGUGGUGCUUUCAGGCCCGGUAUCCUUACAGCUUUGAUGGGUGUUAGUGGUGCUGGAAAAACGACUUUGAUGGAUGUGUUAGCUGGUAGGAAAACUGGUGGAUAUAUUGAGGGAGACAUCAAGAUUUCAGGGUACCCAAAGAAGCAAGAAACUUUUGCUAGAAUUUCUGGAUACUGUGAGCAAAAUGACAUUCACUCUCCACAAGUUACCGUCUAUGAAUCCUUACUCUACUCAGCUUGGCUUCGUCUACCCUCAGAAGUUGACUCUGAAACCAGAAAGAUGUUCAUUGAGGAAGUCAUGGAUCUUGUGGAGUUGAAUCCAUUGCGCCAUGCAUUAGUGGGGUUGCCUGGUGUGAAUGGUUUGUCCACCGAGCAGCGCAAGCGGCUAACCAUUGCAGUUGAGCUAGUUGCAAACCCUUCUAUCAUAUUCAUGGAUGAGCCAACUUCAGGGCUAGAUGCUAGAGCCGCUGCCAUUGUGAUGAGAACAGUUAGGAACACUGUUGACACAGGAAGAACAGUUGUUUGCACCAUCCAUCAGCCCAGUAUAGAUAUAUUUGAUGCCUUUGAUGAGUUAUUCCUGAUGAAGCGAGGAGGUGAAGAGAUAUAUGUUGGGCCAGUGGGUCGUCACUCUACCCAUCUGAUUAAGUACUUUGAGGAAAUUGAAGGAGUGAGUAAAAUUAAAGAUGGCUAUAAUCCAGCAACUUGGAUGCUGGAGGUUACUUCAUCAUCACAAGAGAUGGCUUUGGGGGUUGAUUUUGCUAACAUUUACAAGAAUUCAGAUCUGCUCAGGAGAAACAAAGCACUUAUUGCAGAACUAAGCACACCUGCUCCUGGCUCGAAGGACAUUUAUUUCUCUACGCAGUACUCGACAUCAUUUUUCACACAAUGUAUGGCUUGCUUGUGGAAGCAACACUGGUCAUACUGGAGGAAUCCACCAUACACUGCCGUGAGAUUUCUUUUCACAACCUUUAUAGGGUUGAUGUUUGGGACAAUGUUCUGGGACCUUGGCUCCAAAGUGGGCACUGCCCAGGAUCUUUCCAAUGCUAUGGGUUCAAUGUAUGCAGCUGUUCUUUUCCUUGGUUUUCAAAAUGGAUCAGCUGUACAGCCAGUGGUGGCUGUUGAAAGAACUGUCUUCUACAGAGAAAGAGCUGCUGGAAUGUAUUCAGCUUUGCCCUAUGCCUUUGCACAGGUCUUGAUUGAGAUUCCUUAUGUAUUUGUUCAAUCCGCUGUCUAUGGUGUUAUAGUUUAUGCAAUGAUUGGGUUUGAAUGGACUGCUGCUAAGUUCUUCUGGUAUCUGUUCUUUAUGUACUUCACAUUAUUAUACUUCACCUUCUAUGGAAUGAUGUCUGUGGCUGUGACUCCAAACCACCACAUUGCUGCCAUAGUUUCCACCGCAUUUUAUUUAAUAUGGAACCUCUUCUCGGGGUAUAUAGUCCCUCGACCUCGGAUACCUGUAUGGUGGAGGUGGUACUACUGGGCAUGCCCCGUAUCAUGGUCCCUGUAUGGAUUGAUUGUAUCACAGUAUGGAGAUAUACAGAAACAACUCAACGACACUCAAACAGUGAAACAAUAUGUGAAGGAAUAUUUCGGAUUCGACCAUGAUUUAGUUGGAGUAGUUGCAGCCGCGGUUCUUGGCUGGACAGUCCUCUUUGCGUUCAUAUUUGCCUUUUCUAUCAGAGCCUUCAACUUCCAGAGGCGAUAGGGAUUUUCUUUACAUGCUUCAUUCUAUGUUUCUCCCUUUUCUGUGUGUAGGCUAGCUAUUUUAGUAUUUCAAGUUUGUAAAAACACGUUAAUAUAGUUUAUUGAAACUUAUUAACUAAGAUAAUUAAGUUAAUGUUAAUCAAUGCUUGUAGUUCCACAAA